GUUUAGCGCCAUACGACUGGUCCCGUUGGACUCGUAUGGUAAAUAAACCGUCCCGGAGUUGCGGUGGAAACCUCGCAUGCAUUUAUAGAAACAAAGCGUGGCGUAGUCCUCCACCGGAUCCCCUGAUUGGUCUGACGAUCCGCAACAAUUAAAAAAGAUUAAAAAAAAAACUCACCUGCGCCUCCCCAGCAAAGGAAAGUUGAUACUGGGGGACUGACGAUCAUCGGGCAGCCCAUCUUAAAAACAACGCGAUUCUCUCCCGUCUGACAACUUCCUGCCAUCUUAUUUUAUCGAUUCAUUCAAUUUACUCUCUUAACUACCCGUCCUUUACUCACGGUCGGUUUCUUUCAUCUAUCUCUCUCUCCCCCUUACUGCCGUCACAUCCACCGGAAUCUUCGCCAUACAUCCACUCAGAUUCACACAUAGAACAACUUCCACAUCAGCACCGUCAUCAUGGGUAAAGGCGGUCGGGUUUUGUGUAUUAUCACGCCGUAUGCACUCACCAUCGCUUCGUUGGUAUGCCUCAUCAUCGUCGGGCUGGGCUGCACAAAUUCUGGCUCAAGCACAUUAAAUGACCUCUACUUCUUUCGGGCCGAUCUACAAAACAUGACAACAACCGCAUCGAGCAAAAGUACAGUAUCCCAAGCGCUCUCCGAUGCCGGUGUGACCGUGUCAGAUGGAGAUAUCUCCGCGGCCUUGGAACAGGUUCAGAAGCAGUUUGACCUUAAGGACUUUUACAACAUUGGUCUGUGGGGCUACUGUGAUGGAAAUAUCACCAACGACAAGUUCGAAGUUUCGGAGUGCUCGAAGCCUAAAGGAGAGUUCUGGUUCAACCCCAUCGAAGUCUGGAACUUGGAGGAGACCGGCGUCGAGAAUGGCCUCCCCAGUGGCCUGCGCAAGUCUUUGAACCUCUACAAGAAUGUCUCCAAGUGGAUGUUCAUCGCCUAUAUCGUCGCCUUCGUCGCCACGGUUGUCGAAUUAGUCGUCGGUGUCUUCGCUAUCUGCAGUCGCUGGGGGAGCUGUGUCACCACGCUUGUCUCUGGCGUUGCUUUCCUCUUCACUGCCGCUGCCUCCGUCACCGCGACGGCCAUGUUCGCCACCGUCACCGGCGCCUUCAACGAGAACCUGAAGGACUAUGGUAUGCACGGUAGCAUGGGAAAGAACAUCUAUGUCACCACCUGGUUGGCUGUCGCCUUCUCCUUGGGAGCUGCUCUGUUCUGGAUGCUCAGCAGCUGCUGCUGCUCCGGUCGCUCCCCCUACAACCACAAGAACACCCCCCGCGGUGUCACGGCCGAAAAGACCCCGUACACCUAUGAGCCUCUCGGCCCUCAGGGCAAUCAACAGGCCUCUCCCUACAAUACCUCCUACCCGCCACCCCCUCCUCCUACUCAGAACCGGUCAAAUGCCUAUGAGCCCUUCCGCCACGUCUAAACGAAACCAUACAUGAGCCAACCCUUUUCAAAACAAGUCAACAAAGAACAUUCUUUCUAAAAAAAAAAUAUCAUGGUCAUACAACUCGACCAAUGACAAACUGAUGAUCCAAUUGAGCUUUUAUUGAAACAUCUCAGCGAGGAUCCUCAUUUAUGAACUUAAUGCCAAGUUGCAGCAUGGGCCGUUUGUGAUUUGUAUUGUACUUCUGUGUUUUAUUAUUCGGACUGGGUGGAUAAAUAAUUCUCCCCUGUUUUCUUCGCUUGCUCUGGAAUUUUACCAUGGAUAUAGAUUGAUGUCAAUGACAUAGAUACCCUCCUUCAAUUUACCUUCUACUUUACAUUGACAUUAUUCCUCACCGUGAGAAGUAACAUUUUGAAAUAUGUCUCUAGAUCUUGGAAAUAUCGCUUUCUGAAAUGUGCUUUUGCACUCAGUGAAUUUGGAUUGCAUACAUAGGAAUAGUAUUCAGCAGUUGCUCAAUGGUA